AUGUCGGAUUCUCCAGCUACCAAGUGCAGAUACUGCAACACCAUCAGCUCAAACGAAUCCUCACUGAAACGAUGCUCUCGCUAUCACUCGGCAUAUUACUGUUCCAAGGAUUGCCAGAAAGCUGACUGGAAGACGCAUAAAAAGACAUGCAACAGCAAAUCUGACACCCAAUCCCGUGCUUCAACCAGCAAUCCAGCUGGACCAGACCGCAAUCAAACUUCUACGGGUUCUACCCGCGCACUGGACGUGGAUAUUGCCAAGCCCUUCCAUCAGCUUCAUGCCAAGAAAUGGCUCCACGGUCGAUCCGAAACAGACGUUUACAAGCUACUCGUUGACACAUACCGGCUGCGCGUGGAGUACGAUGCCAAGUUUGGCGGCAUCAUCGACGAAGACGGAAUUUAUGGGAAGUCUAAAGACUUGAGGAAGGGGUUCAAGCGGUUUUUAACCAAGGGUGAAAGCCAACGGGACCUGCUGCCAGAAUGGUGGACUGAUGACAAGACCGACAAGUGCAUCACAUUUGGAAUGACGGAUUUAACCUGGAGACUGGAGUCUGCUGUUGAGAAAGAUGAGCUUGCUAAACUUUAUGGCAGCCCGUCGAUGCCCAUGCAGCUGCGAAUCUUUAGUGAGCAGAUUUAUGGAUGCGCAUCCGGUGGGUUGCCUGGUGGAAGGUCUGGAUUGAGUUACUUGAGUAUGAAGAUGGAUAUGGAGAGUGGCCAUCUCAAAAUUCAAGCUCAGCCUUCGUGGUCUUCCAUUUUGAGUGAGAUACUCGGCGACGAUGCCUGA